AGUUGGCCUUACUACAUGGGAGAACGUUCUGUGCGCUGCCUCUGCGCUUAGUCCCAUAUAAAAUUAAAAGUCGUGCUUCAAAAUUAUAAUUUGGAGAAGAAAAUGGUUUCAAGUGAGCGUGACUUCUACGGGAAAUAUAAGUUCCAAAUUUUAUCAACAUUUGCAGCGAAUCUUCUCUCUCUUUGUUAUGGAGCGUUUGCAGGGUGGCCAUCUGCCGCUUUUCUGUUGUUUCAGUCUGCAGACUCACCCUUUGAAGGUGGACCACUCACAACUAAUGAGAUAUCUUGGAUCGGCUCCAUUCUCUGCAUUGGUGGAUUGUUGGGAAAUCUUUUCUUCGGCUGGUUAUCAGACAAAUUAGGCAGAAAGUUACCUAUGCUACUGGCGGUUUUACCGAUGUUGAUAAGCUGGAUUCUUAUCAUUUUGGCUAAGAACGCUGUAUACUUAAUUUUCGCACGAUUUCUAGGUGGCUUCGCUGGCGGAGCUAUUUUUAUUUUGGUACCUCUUUAUGUUACUGAAAUUUCAGAAGAUCGGAUACGAGGCUCCCUUGGAUCAUGCUUAAUUUUAUUUUGGAACUUGGGAAUGCUACUCGCUUUUAUCUCAGGGAAUUAUAUGUCGUACAAUACUAGUCCAUACAUUUAUAUAGGACUCAUAAUUGUAUUCUUGAUUCUGUUUAUGUUCUUACCAGAAUCUCCAAUUUAUCUGAUGAAGUCACGGAAGGAAAUGGAAGCCGAAAAAUCGCUGCGAUACUACAGGAACCUCCGAAAAAUAUCUCAACCGCCAGAGGGCUUCAAAACAGAAAUGGAGAAACUAAAGUGUGAAUAUAUUGAGGAGAAAAGCGGAAGCGACGACACAGCAUUGAGUUGGAGUGACUUCAACAAUCCAGUGGCAAGACGAGUUAUAGUGAUAGGCAUAGCAUUGAUGGCCCUAAAUCAAUUCUGUGGGUGUUUCGCCAUGGUCAACUACACCGCCACGAUAUUCGAAAUAUCAGGAUCAUCGUUGUCUCCCAAUAUGUCAGCUAUCAUUGUGGGUAUCAUUCAGUUAGUGGGCUCCUAUGUUUCAACCUUGCUUGUGGAAAGAGCUGGCCGGAAACUCCUGCUGAUAGUUUCAGCUUUUGGAACUGGUUUUGGACAUAUUAGCCUAGGGAUGUUUUGCUACUUGAAGGUGCUUGGCUGCAACGUGGAAAGCUUCAAGUGGGUCCCCAUUGCAAGUUUUUCGUUGGUCAUAUUUGCGGCUUCUUGGGGUGUCCUGACACUGCCCUUCAUGAUGUUGACAGAGAUAACACCUGUAAAAAUCCGGAGUCUCACUGUAUCCUUCUGCAUGGUUACUCUUUGGAUUUUUGCAUUUAUUCUGGUCAAGUAUUUUCCAAUUGUCGCGGCAAUUUUGGAACUACAUGGAUGUCUUUUCAUAUUCGCUGCCUGCUGUUUUUCUGGCGCGUUAUUUGUAUUAAUUUUCGUUCCUGAGACAAAAGGAAAAAGCUUAGAAUCGAUUUUAGCAUUUAUUGAAGAGAGGACAAAAAAUUUACCUGACAUACUACAGACGAAAAGACGCCUGAAAAAUAUGAAUCGGUUGAAUUAUGAAUUGAGCAUUCUAACAUUUACCCAUGGAAAUGCAAAUUCGUGGUCUGCAACGGCAAUUCCUCUGCUGCAGUCAGAGAACACGCCUAUCUCAACUGGCCCAAUAACGAUGGAAGAGGCUUCCUGGAUUGGCUCCCUGGUGUGCAUCGGUGGAUUAACUGGCAACUUCCUUGGGGGGAUACUGAUCAACAUCAUUGGCCAGAAGAAAGUUCUUAUGUUAAUCAUCAUCCCCCAUGUGGUCCUGUGGUUAACCUUGAUAUAUGGUAACCUAGUAUGGCACCUAUACCUUGCUCGGACCGUUAGUGGAUUGGCUGGAGGUCUGUUGUACGUAGCGAUACCAACAUAUAUAGCGGACAUUGCAGACAAUAAGAUUCGUGGAACAUUAGGAUCAGCUUUCAUGUUUGCCAUAAACGGUGGCAUGCUCUCCGGGUAUACCCUUGGCGCAUACGUUAGCUAUGGACUUUUUCCUCAGAUAUUGUUUGGAUUUUCGGCUGUAUGCCUUCUAGUCCUGUUUCGUUUACCAGAAACACCUCAGUAUUUAAUUAAAAGGAAAAGAUACGAAGAUGCCGAAAAAUCCUUGAACUUCUACAGGAAUAUUAAACAAGCAACAAAGACAGAGAAGGAUGAGUUUGUUGAAUAUCUUAAAAAUUUGACGAAAACGAUUGAAGGAAGUGAUGAAUCGAAGAAGUCCAGUUUAUCUUAUCGUGAUUUUCUGGAACCAGCUGCAGUGAAAGGAAACGCAAUCGGCUUGGGAUUGAUAUUUCUUAACCAGUUCAGUGGUCUUUACGCAGUGACUCUGUACACAUCAACCAUAUUUCAAAUGUCAGGAUCUACCCUUGACCCAAACGCAUCAACCGUCAUUUUUGGUGCAGUUCAACUUUUAGGAACUUUCAUUGCGGCUGCUCUUGUGGAUCGACUGGGUAGAAGAAUCCUUCUCAUUGCAUCAAGCCUCGGAACAGGUUUGGGCUCCUUUGGACUUGCCACGUUUUCCUACUUCAGCCAAACACAAGAUUUAAGUUACUUGAGUUGGAUCGCAGUAGCCAGCUUGUCGUUGUCAAUCUUAUUAGGAUCGUUUGGAUUGAUCCCACUGCCUUAUGUGGUGUUAACAGAGGUGUUACCACAAAAGGUGAAAGCGGCUUCAGUCACAUUUUGCAUAUGCAUGCUGAGCGUUUCAGCUUUUAUAGUCCUUAAAUCCUAUCCUGUCCUAAUGGAGACUAUUGGCCUCCAUGGUGUCAUGUGGAUAUCAUCUGCAGUUACUGCGGUUGGAGCGGUGGGAAUCUAUUUCUUCUUGCCAGAGACGAAAGGUAAACGCCUUGAGCAAAGUGACAAUGCAGCCUGAUACUCAAAAUAUCAAACCAGUAACAAAUUUGUGAUUCAGUAUUAGUAUUAAGGCCAAGCGCAUAAAUUGUAUAUAGAAUCAAUUGAUAAGAUUAAAUAAAGUAAAGCUAAAAUGUUUCAA